GAAAUGGCAUCUGUAGUUUCACGGCCGUAGCUUUCCGGUGUUUGAAUGCUGUCAGAAUGUUGUUAAUACUAUUGCUCUUCGUUCUUCAAUUUUUUUCCAUUUUAUGCGAACUUCCUCAUCAUAAAUUUGAAUAUAAAUACAGUUUUAAAGGACCUUACUUAGCUCAAAAAGAUGGAACUGUUCCAUUCUGGGAGCAUUUUGGAAAUGCUAUUGCUAGUGAAGAAAUGGUGCGCAUAACACCUUCACUUCGAAGCAAAAAAGGUUCUAUAUGGACAAAAAAUAAGACUAACUUUGAUUGGUGGCAAGUAGAAGUAGUUUUCAGAGUAAAUGGAAGAGGAAGACUUGGAGCUGAUGGAUUUGCAUUUUGGUACACAGAAAAUAAAGGAGUGGAAGGACCUGUAUUUGGUAGUAAUGAUCACUGGGUUGGAUUAGGAGUUUUCUUUGACUCAUUUGAUAAUGAUGGCAGGGGUAAUAAUCCUUACAUCAUGGCAAUGUAUAAUGAUGGCACUAAAGCUUUUGAUCACCAGAGUGAUGGAAUGCAGCAACAAAUCGCUGGUUGUCAACGAGACUUCCGAAAUAAACCCUUUCCAGUUAGAGCAAAAAUCGAAUAUUAUAAGAAUGUGCUGACAAUUCUUUUCCACAAUGGAAAUUCUAAUAAUGAUGAUGACUUUGAAUUGUGCUUGCGAGCAGAAAAUAUUUACCUACCACAAUAUGGUUACUUUGGUCUCUCAGCUGCAACUGGUGGUUUAGCUGAUGAUCAUGAUGCGCUUAAAUUCCUUGCUUAUAGUUUAUAUCCACCUGGAACUCAACCUGUUUCACAAGUCAUUGCAGAUGCAGAAAAAGAAAAGUUUUCAAAAGAAUAUGAAGAGUAUAAAGAUAAAUUAGAAAAGCAAAAAGAAGAAUACCGUAAAGAACAUCCAGAUGAGGCCAAAAGGAAAGAAAUGGAAUUUAAUCCAGAUGAAGUGUAUGAAAGCCAUCAACAGCGGGAGCUGCAACAAAUUUUCCAAGGGCAAAGUUCAAUAUUUGAAAUUCUAAAGGCUCUGCAUCGAAAAAUAGAUGAGGUGAUUGGAAGACAAGAAAGAGCCCUGUCCAUGCUUUCUGCUGUGCAGACUGGAGGUGUACCUCAUGGGCAAGGUAGUGUUCCUCCUCCACAGGUUGGAGCGGGAGUAAGUCGCCAUGAGAUAGAAGCCCUUCUUGGAGGACAGAGAGAGGUUAUUCAAGCUUCUCGUGAUAUGAAGUCCUACUUGACCGACAUACAUCAACGAACUGGAACCAUAAUAGCCAAACAAAGUGAGCAGGUAAAACCAAGUGGUGGAAUUACAUAUGAACAGGGUCUUGUUUUUGAAGAAGCAAAGAACACUUUAAAUGAAGUCAAGAAAGAGCUUGCUGCUUUUCAAGUAAAAUUUAAGGGACCUUGUCCAGUUGUUCAGACUCCUAGUUGCCUUUCUGCAUCUUAUUUCUUUAUAUUUAUGGGUCUUCAGCUUGUUGUUAUUAUUGGUUAUAUUACAUACCAGUAA